CUGUGGUAUGUUGCUCCAGGAUUUCUUUUCCAAGCGCCCCAUCCCGUCGCUGUACCCGUUUGAAAAGUUCUACCUCUCCGAGCCUCCAUUAGUCAACAUUGGCAGUGUUUCAAACGAGAACCUGUCAGUGAUCACAUCCUACAAUUCAAGUUUGCAGUUCAAAGUUGGCGAGACUGUGGCAUUCAAGAUAGUCAUGAAAGACAGUAGUGGUCAACCUAAACAAAAGGGUGGAGAUCAGAUCCGAGUGUGGCUUGCAGACGAUUCCACGAAGUCCUCUAUGGCAGCCAAAGUGGUCGACCUCCACAACGGAAGCUACAUAGCCAGCGCACCUCUUCUAUGGGCGGGAAAGCUAAGAUUACAUGUCGCAUUAGCCUACCCCAGGGAGUAUAUCAGAGCCCAACUGUACGUCCAUCAAGUGCUGAAAACAUUUCGGCAUAUUGCUGCAGUAUUCAACAAGAAUACAGUGAGCU